AUGGGGAACUGCUGCUGCUGGGGCGCGCGGAUCAAGGAUGGGAGCUCUCACCCUGGCGCCUCAGGAAUAUUCUCGAAGAGUAGUGGUAAGGAUGGGAGUAGGCUUAGCGGCUGUAGUAGUCGAGCCUCUUCAGCUUCCAUGCCACCAAGUGCCAAGACUGAAUGCGAAAUACUGCAAUCCGCCAAUGUUAAGGUCUUCACCUUCAAUAAUCUCAAGGCAGCCACAAGGAAUUUCCGUCCUGAUAGUGUUCUAGGUGAAGGAGGGUUUGGAUCUGUCUAUAAAGGAUGGAUCGAUGAGAACACAUUAUCACCUUGCAGGCCUGGCACUGGAAUUGCUGUUGCUGUGAAAAAACUCAACCAUGAGGGUUUGCAAGGGCACCGAGAGUGGUUGGCGGAAGUUAACUACCUAGGUCAGUUCUGUCAUCCCAACCUUGUCAAGCUGAUUGGAUACUGCGUAGAGGAUGAGCACCGACUGCUAGUAUACGAGUUCAUGCCCCGUGGGAGCUUGGAAAAUCAUCUGUUUAGGAGAGGCUCAUACUUCCAACCUCUGUCAUGGAACCUUAGAAUGAAGGUUGCACUUGGAGCAGCAAAAGGACUGGCUUACCUUCAUAGUGCAGAGGCAAAAGUUAUUUACCGAGAUUUUAAGACUUCCAACAUCCUCCUUGACACAGAUUAUUCUGCGAAGCUUUCUGAUUUUGGAUUGGCUAAGGAUGGUCCUGUUGGUGAGAAGAGCCAUGUGUCCACAAGAGUUAUGGGAACAUAUGGUUAUGCCGCUCCUGAGUAUCUUUCAACGGGUCACCUAACUACAAAGAGCGACAUCUAUAGCUUUGGAGUAGUGCUUCUGGAGAUGCUGUCAGGCCGUCGUGCCAUCGACAAGAACCGCCCCCCAGGUGCGCAAACAAUUGCUGCCCUUGCUCUUGAAUGCCUAUCCUACGAAGCUAAGAUGAGGCCGACUAUGGAUGCUGUGGUCACUAUUCUACAAGAGAUCCAAGACUCCGGUGAAGCCGAGAAGCAUCAAGAACCCAAGGCUGGAACCAAACAGGCACCUGCUGCUGUGAAUGCUAGCAAGAGCACUCGCAAGCCUCGCCGGAGAAGCCUGGCAGGCACAAAGGAGACUGUUGGUCCAAAUCCAAAACCAUUGGCCCAUUCUCGUUAG